GUGUUCGGCGGAGCGGUUCGUAGUCUGCUAUUGCAGAAGUAAAGUGCGUACAGAUUUAUUAUUUUCCGAAAAUAUCACUGAAUUUUUGAUUAACAGCUAUAUUCCGGUCGAUUUAAUUACUUUACAGGUUCGUGCUAUUACUACAUAUUCUGCAAUCACGUUAAAACGACCUGUAGGAUGUCGAAGUUACUGAUUCGAAGGUGGACUACGCUCCAACGAAACUGCAGGCAAUUGGAAAAAUCUAUACACACAUCCAGCGUGAAGUAUGAUAAAGUAGAGUUACCGAAGAGAACACCUUUUUGGAAAAACAAAGGACCAAUUAGUUGGAAGAGUUUCGGAAUAACUUGUGGGAUUGGCGCUGGUUUACUGGCGUAUGUGGCGUACCUGAAACAUGUGAAAGACCUGCAAAUUGCACAAGAGCGAAAGCGUGCGCUUGGAAAAGCUUCGCUUGGUGGUAGUUUCGAGCUGGUGGAUUCUGAAGGAAAGGCGGUAAAGUCUGAAGACUUUUUGGGACACUGGACCAUGAUUUAUUUCGGGUUUACGCACUGUCCAGACAUUUGUCCAGAUGAGUUGGAAAAAAUGGCUGCUGUCAUUGACGAGCUUGAGGAAAAACAUGAUUUAAUUGUAAAACCAAUCUUCAUCUCUGUCGAUCCAGACAGAGAUACUCCAGCAGUAGUCGGAAAAUACGUAAAAGAAUUUUCGAACAAAUUUAUCGGGCUCACUGGAACAAAGGAACAGGUUGCAAAGGCCUGCAAGGCAUACAGAGUCUAUUUUAGCAGUGGGCCAAAAGACGAAGACAACGAUUAUAUUGUUGACCACACCAUUAUUAUGUACCUAAUUGGUCCAGAUGGAGCAUUUAUUGAUUACUACGGUCAAACUGCAAACGUUGGACAAAUAGCGGCGAGUAUUUUGUUCCACACAGAAAAACAAAAGGCUUUAAAUAAUCCCGGCUGGUUUUCAUCGCUGCUACCAUCACAACCUGCUACUGCUUCGGCAUGAACCAUACUAUCGCUCUGUAAAUACCUUCUGUCAUUUUAUAAAUCGUUCUAAAUGUUGUAAUAAAGUAGUUUGUAUAAU